AUGGUCGAGGAAAUUACAAUGGUAGGCGACGAGAUUCAUGAAGCCUCGCGAGCACUAGAUGAAGAACAAGCAUUGUUAUGUCUGGUCGUGUGGUCACAGUUUUUCUAUUUUUCGAUACUUACUUACCAGUGUUAGUCUUAGUAAUUAUAGAAAUAGUAUCGAUCUCUACCUGUAGCUCCUGGUGCCUGUCGCUCUAGCCGUAAUAUAAACAACCCAGAAGCUGUUGAAUGAGCACGCAAUCUUGUAUCUGUUGCGGCAAGAAGGAGAAAUACAAUCGCUUUCGCUACAGAAUAUGAAAAAGUGGAGACCCUUUGAUAUAGUACAUCAGCUUCCGGCUCUGUGCUUGCUCUUUGAUGGCCCUGCAGUACUUGUCCAUCGUCGUGAGCUCUGUACUUGCUCUUUGGCCCUGCAGUACUUGUCCAUCGUCCGACGUGAUCUACUUGCUCAUCGAUGAACUCCAACUAAGUACUUGCUCAUCAUGCUCAUGAUGUUGCAACUACAUCUAGAACUAGAUCUUCUAGUUCUACAUCUUCUGCUUCUUCUACCUCUCUCUUGUACUAACUAGUUUGUUCAGUGUCAUAGUCUAACCCCAGCACGCAAGAACUCAGCUGUGAACGAGAUUGCGGAAGCGGCAGAUGCACUGCAAGCCGCUGUGGAUCAAGCGCGGGUUAAGUGGAGCAGCAUGAACGAGAAACUGGAUUUUGCCCUAAGAAAGUACGAAGAUGAAAUCGAAUCACAUAUGAGGAUAGACUGAAGAUGAAGCUGUGAUCUUGAUGAUGGACGAAGAUGAAAAAAUUGAUCAUGAUUGUUCACAUGCUUGCGUAUAUUGAUAGAGGACUUCUGAUAGUAGAAGGGUAGACUUCGCCACCCUGCUUUAUCUACUGGUCGACGAAGAUUAGCAACAGCUACAACAACAGCUACAACAACAAGGGGCGAAGGUGCCGACCCUGCGAUCUUGAUG